AUGCCUGUACCUACGAAGAAAUGUUUGAAGAAGAUAGCUUCAGAUUUCCAAGAAAAGUGGAACUUCCCCAAUUGCAUAGGGGCUAUAGAUGGAAAACAUUUUCGUAUCAAACGUCCUCCUAAAUCGGGUAUUAUGUACCGAAACUACAAAGGAUCUUAUUCAAUAAAUGUCCUUACUGUUACAGACGCGAAUUAUAAGUUUCUAUUUGUUGAUGUGGGUGGCUACGGUAAGGACAGUGACGGAGGGAUGUUCGGUGCUUCAAAAAUUGGGGCGUUCCUAGAAUCAAAAUGCAUUGAUCUACCUGAAGAAUGCAAUCUACCAAACACCAACAUCGUGGCACCUCAUGUUCUAAUUGGUGAUGAAGGCUUCCCAUUGCGAACAUAUCUGAUGAGACCAUAUCCGAGGAGACAACUGUUACCAGGAGGGGAAAAAGAUGUCUUCAAUUACAGACUAGCAAGGGCAAGAAUGGUGGUAGAAUGUUCGUAUGGGAGUAUAAAAACCAAGUUUAACGUGCUGUCACUUCCCAUUGAGACGAAGGUGGAAAACGCAGUCGUUAUUAUCAAGGCAAUCAUGCUCUUCCAUAACGUCAUUCGAGAAAGAGAUGGGAUUAGUGAAGAAGAAGCUCAGUCCUUUAGGGAGGUGGCGGAGAAAGGUUCCAAGGGUGCUCCUCGCGUGGAAAACAACAGCACCACUAACCAAGCUAAGAUUAUUAGGAAAAGGUUUUCCUCCUACUUUGUGCGCCGGGAAGGUGUAAUGCCACACCAGAUGCUUCUGUAG